GCAGCAGCGGCCAUGGCGGCGCGCUCUCCCCACUCCCCACUUCCUCCGCCCCCAGCGCGACAGUUGGGCCCCCGGCCCCCACGUGUUGGGCGGGGAGCUGAGGCACACGCAGUGCGCAGCGAGGCCUCGGGCCUGGCGGGCGCGGCGCGGGAGGCCGUAGCGGACAAAAGUGACAUACAGUGGAGGGGCGAAGAAGGGUCAGGGAGCCGGCGAGGGCCAGAGAGGGCAGCUCCGGCUCACGCUCCCCUCCUCAGCCCGCACUCGGGGUCCAGGCGGCUGGAGGGCAUCUCCGUAGAGGAGGCGAUGGUGACCCGGACGCAGCUGCUGGAGGAAGAGCUGAGCAGCCUAAAGGAGGAGCUGGCCCUGUGUCAGGCUGACAAAGAAUUUGUAUGGUCUUUGUGGAAACGUCUCCAGGUGGCAAAUCCAGAUCUCACACAAGCAGUCAGUUUGGUUGUGGAAAGAGAAAAGCAGAAAUCUGAAUAUAAGGAUAGAAAAGUUCUAGAAAUUCUGCAAGUCAAGGAUGCUAAAAUACAAGAAUUGGAACAGAGAGAAUCAGUACUAAAGCAGGAAAUAAAUGACCUUGUAAAAAAGAAGAUUGCAGUAGAUGAAGAAUAUGCUUUCUUAAGGGAAGAAUUCAGCAACUUGCAGAAGAAAUUUAAAGAUAAAAGUCAAGAAGUUAAGGACACUAAGGAGCGUGUACAGAAUAAAGAAGAACAAAAUAGACUGGUUAUAAAAAAUCUGGAGGAGGAAAAUGAGAAAUUAAGUAUCCGCUGCGCUGACCUGCUAAAUGACCUGGAGAAACUGAGGAAGCAGGAAACACAUUGGAGAAAAGAAAAACACAGCACUGAAGCAAAAAUAAAGGCCUUUGAAGACAACUUAAUUGAAGCAAAGAAAGAAAUUGAAGCAUCACAGAGUAAAUAUAAUGCCCUAUCAUUACAGCUGAAUAAUAAACAGACUGAACUCAUCCAAAAGGAUAUGGACAUUACCCUGGUUAGGAAAGAAUUGCAGGAGCUGCAGAAUCUUUACAAACAGAACAGUGCACACACAGCACAGCAAGCAGAGCUGAUCCAGCAGCUUCAGGUUCUCAAUAUGGACACACAGAAAGUACUGAGGAAUCAGGAAGAUGUUCAUACAGCUGAAAGUAUAUCCUAUCAAAAACUUUACAAUGAGUUACAUGUUUGUUUUGAAACAACAAAAUCAAGUGAAGCUAUGCUGCGGCAAAGUGUUGUUAAUCUUCAGGAUCAGCUGUUUCAAAAAGAGCAAGAAAACGCUAAAUUAAAAGAAGAACUUCAGGAAUCACAAAGAGCACACUACACGUUACCUCAAGAAAGUGAUUCAGACCACUCAGCACAGGCAUCUCAGCAGCCAUCUUUAUCAAGUUUAGAAACAUUAAUGGUCUCACAGAAGUCUGAAAUCGAGUAUUUACAGAAGAAACUGGAAGUAGCAAAUGCAAAACUUUCAGAGGACAGAACUACUAACAAGGGUUUCUCAGAGAAGAGCACCAUGUCAAGUGCUGAAGGAAUGCAUAAGGAACCACCUGUGAAACGUUCAAGGUCUUUGUCCCCAAAGAACUCUAUUACAGACUCAGAGGAGCUAAGGAAGCUGAGAAAAGCUGAAAGAAAGAUUGAAAACUUAGAGAAGGCACUGCAACUAAAGAGCCAAGAAAAUGAUGAGCUAAGAGAUGCCCAUGAAAAACGCAAGGAAAGGCUACAGAUGUUACAGACCAACUACAGAGCAGUAAAAGAGCAAUUAAAACAGUGGGAGGAAGGCAGUGGCAUGGAUGAAAUCAGAAAAAUGAAGAGAGCAGAUCCCCAACAACUUCGACAAGAAGAUUCUGAUGCUGUAUGGAAUGAACUGGCAUAUUUCAAAAGGGAGAACCAAGAACUAAUGAUUCAAAAAUUGAAUCUUCAAGAAGAAUUGGAUGAACUAAAAGUACAUAUAUCUGUUGAUAAGGCAACAAUACAAGAGUUGAACAGAUUUGUAGCAGAGAAAAGAGAAGAACAACUCUUCAGAUACGGUGAAGAUGAUGGGGUCAAGAAGAGUACUACAGAGAAGAAUGAGAAAGAAAUGUUGGAGCAGACAUUACAGAAGGUCAUUGAGUUGGAAAAUCGGCUAAAAUCUUUUGAGAAAAGAUCGAGGAAAUUAAGAGAGGGAAAUAAAAAAUUAAUACAAGAAAAUGAUUGCCUGAAAUCCCUCUUACAACAGCAGCAAGAAGAUGCAGACACCAGAGAAAAAGAGCUAGAACAGCUCCUAAAGGAGAGUAAAGAUGUAGAAAAAGACAAAACUGAACUUCAAGUAAAAAUCAGUGAGCUGGAGAGAGAAGUCACUUCCCUGAGGAGACAAGUGGCAGAAGCUAAUGCAAUGAGAAAUGAAAAUGAAGAGCUGAUGAAUCCAACAGAGAAACUGCACCAUUCAGCUGACAAAGUUAAACCUGAGAUGGCCAUCAUGGAUGUGAGAUCUGGGCACUAUGAUUGUAAAACAACUACUACCAAGGUUAAAUUUAAAGCUGCCAAGAAAAAGUGCUCUGUGGGUCGUCACCACACUGUUCUCAAUCACUCCAUCAAGGUUAUGAGCAAUGUGUUUGAGGACCCUAGCAAGGACGGCUGGCAGGAUGUGAGUGAAAGCAGCAGUGAUUCUGAAACACAGACUUCUCAAAGUUUGGGAACAAUUACUGUGGAAACAACUCAGAAAAUAAGCCCUAUAGAAGAUGGAAGAGACCAGAAGGAAACUGACCAAAUAAAAGACAGACAAAUACAAGGAAAAGAAAUAGUACAAGCACAUUCAAGUAUGGAUUGCAAGACCACCAAGAAUACCAAAAAGCCAGCUUCUCAAAAGAAGAGUGGUAAUAUGCAAAAGAACCCAUAUACAACAAUUCCUACUAGAGUCACCAGAGAAAAGUACAGAGGUAUAAUUGCCCAGAAAUCAAGUAGUAAUCUUAUUUUAUUACGAGAACGGAUUAUAUCCUUGCAACAGCAAAACACUAUACUUCAGAAUGCAAAAAAAACUGCAGAAUUAUCUGUUAGAGAAUAUAAGGAAGUGAACGAAAAACUCCUUCAUCAGCAGCAAGUAUCUGAUCAACGAUUUCAGACAAGCAGACAGACAAUAAAGAAGCUAAACUCAGAUUUGGCUGGGCUUCGAAAAGAAAAAGAAGAUUUACUAAAGAAAUUGGAGUCCUCAUCUGAAAUCACAAGUUUAGCAGAAGAAAUUUCCCGUGUCACAGUUCCACGGAUACAGGUGACAUCACUUGGUCCUUCAAGGAGCAUGGAUAUGGAAAUGAAACAAUUGCAGUGUAAACUAAAGAAUGCAACUAAUGAACUCACUAAGCAGUCAUCAAAUGUGAAGUCUCUGAAAUUUGAACUCUUAGCGAAAGAAGAACACAUAAAGGAAAUACAUGAAAAGAUGUCUCGAAUGGAGAGGGAUAUAACUAUGAAAAGACAUUUGAUAGAAGACUUGAAAUUUCGACAGAAAGUAAAUUCAGAAAGUAAUGAGAGUUUUAAUGAAAUGUUAGAAAAUCUUGAAAAAAAGGUAAAGACAUUAACUGAAGAAUGUUCCAACAAGAAGAUAUCAAUUGAUUCACUAAAGCAAAGACUUAAUGUUGCUGUAAAAGAAAAAUCACAGUAUGAACAGAUGUACCAGAGGACUAAAGAGGAACUAGAAAAAAAGGAACUCAAGCUUACUAUCCUAGCAUCAAAAAUAAAUGAGACUGAGACUGCAAUGGCAGAAAUUGAAACAGCAGCAUCUAAGCAACUUCAAGGAUUAGCACUGCAAAGUGAGCAGGUCCUCGAAGGGGCACAGAAGAAACUACUGAUAGCCAAUGAGACAGUGGAAGAGUUCAGGAUAUUUGUAAAGGGUUUGGUCAAAGAGUUACAAAAAGAGGUCCAUGUGAUAAGACGACAAAUCAGAGAGCUUAAAAAAAUGCAAAAAAACAGGGUUGCUUGUAAAACCUCAACCCAUAGAGCCCAGACCUUGGCAGCUUCUAUCCUGAACAUUUCACGAUCAGAUCUAGAGGACAUAUUGGACACAGAAGAUGAAGAGGAAAUUGAAAAGACAAAGAUGGAUGCUGAAAAUGACAAGGAAUGGCUGUUGUACAUUCAGAAACUUCUUGAAGGACAGCUUCCUUUUGCUUCAUAUUUACUAGAAGCAGUACUGGAGAAGAUAAAUGAAAACAAGAAACUAGUUGAAGGAUAUUUCACAAUUAUGAAAGAUAUUAGAUGAUGUUAUAAUAGAACACAUCUUCCCAAAUGUGAAAACUUUUUAUGUGGUAUGAUUGGAAAACAUUCAUUGCAAUCCUCAUAUGGUAUUUGCUCCAACUAUCAAUAGUCAAGUUCAAUACGAAAAUAAGAAGUCUUGGAAACUAAUUAAUUGCUGAACAAGAGGAACUAAUUAAGUGCCUAGCCAUCUUAUAGGAAAUAGUAUAGCAUUUGAUUAUUGAAUACAAAUAUUGCCACAAAUCAAUGCAAACUUUAAAAUGAUUUUCCUUCCAAUGCACUAAACUAAAACAAGCUUGGUACACACAAAUUGGUCUGAAUAUAAAAAGAAGAAGGUAUAAAUGAAAGAUAUAAUGUUUUAGAUUUUAAACCAGACUUUCUACAGCAAAACAGCUCUAAAUGGCCCUAAGUGAACCAGUGAGCAACACAUUUGUAUUGCCAGCAAAUGUAAAAUGAAGCAUCACAACUUAAGGGUGAACAUUUAAUGAAAUACAUUGUGUGUUCUGAUUUUCAUCUACCUUCAUUGCUAUACUGGGUUAUAUAGGAGAUACUGUAUUUUUCUAUUUUCAUAGCAAUAAAAACAUUUUCUCUUCUUCCUCCUACCCCUCUCUUCCGCUCUCUCUUUUUUAAAUUUACCAUACUCUGUACUCAUAUUUAGUGUACAAAUUAGUUUAGAUCUAGCAAAAUCCUACUGUGGUCAACUAAUUAAGUUUGUAUUCUUACCAAUCCAUGUUUAGAUUUUUGGAUAUUCCCACCUAUUUCACCUCCUCACUGUGUUCCUGUUCCACCUGCUUUGGUUUCUCGAAUUCACCAAAUUUUCACCUAUUGCCCACAUUUGCCAUUGGUAUUCUCUUUCUAGAAUACCCCUCACAGAGUUUCCCUCAUGGCUGGCCCCUUAUCGUCAUUCAGAUUCACCUUAUGCCUUCCCUCAGAGACACAUUCCCUGACUAUCUUACCAUUUCAUUUCCUUAUAAGACAAAAUUAUCUAGUUUAUGCAUCAGUUCACUUAUUUCUUGUUUACUGUCUCCUCUCCCCUCCCCCAACCCCACAGAAUAUUGGCCCCAUGAGAUUAAGGUAAAGGUUGGAAAAUUAUAACUCCCAGGCCAAAUCUGGUCUUCUACCUGUAUUUGCAUGAUCCACAAGCUAAGAAUAGAUUUUAUAUUAUUAAGAGGUUUUUAAAAAUUAAAAGAAUUUUGUAGAAUGAAAAUUAUAUGACAUUCAAAUUGUAGUGUCCAUCAAUAAAGUUGUAUUGGAACAUGGUGACACUCAUUGGUUCACACAUUGUUUAUGGCUGCUUUGCUUGACAGCAGUAGAGUUGAGUAGUUGUGGCAGAAGCCACAUGUGGUGCUUUCAUCACUUUGCACUCCUGCUUGCACCCUGCAAAUCAACAGUGACAGAGUUGUGAUCUGAUAGGAUAUCAAAUGCCACAGAUACUGUCUUACUAUAAUUUUAAAAAAUACCAGUGCAUACUCAUCAUAUCAAAAUAAGAUCAAGAAAAUGGUACCUAAAACUCACACUUUUGAGGCCUAGUGAGGUACAGAAUAUUUUUUCAUUGAAUCAGGUAGCAGCACGUUCUGAUUUUUGUGUAGCAACACUGUACCUAUGCAAAAUAGAAUGCAAUCUGCAUCAGCAUUUCCAGGCUGAGACAUCACCACAAUCUUCCAAAUACACAGGAAAGCAACAAUAAGAAAAAAAUUAAAUAUAAUAUCAAAACAGUAGAAAUUUGUUAUGAAGUUAAUAACGAGGGGCAGACAUUGUGGCACAGGGGUUAAGCUUCUGUUUGAGGUGCUUGCCUCCCAUGUUAGAAUGCAUGGUUCAAUUCCUGGCUACUCUGCUUCCAAUCCAACUUCUUGUUAAUGCAACCAGGAAGGUAGCAGAUGAUGACAGCAAGAGCACUUGGUUCCCUGCCACCCAUGUGGAACACCUGCAUGGAAUUACUGGCUCCUGGCUUCAACAUGGACCAGCACUGACCAAUGCAGGCAUUUGGGGUGUGAACCAGCUUAUCCUCUCCCUCUCCCUUCCCCUCUCUGUCAUUUUGCCUUUAAAUUAAUAAAUAAAUCUCUUUUUUUUAAAUAAGACUAUACAGUAUUACCUUGAUACUACAACCAAAAAGGAUAGUACACCAAAAGAAAAAAUAGCCCAUCAGGAUGUUCAUCUCUUAGUCCCUGAAACCUGGGAAUUUGUUACUUCAUAUGAAAAAAGGUACUUUACAAAUGUGACUGAAUUUAGGAUCUUCAAUUGGAAAAUUGUCUUGGAUUAUCCCCGUGGGUCUCAUGGAACCACAAGGGUUGUUGUAAGAGGGUGGCAGGAGGAGUGAGAGUGAAAUGUAACCACGGAAGCAGAGGGACAGAGAGAUUUGAAGAUGCUACUCUACUGGCUUUAAUUAUAUUAUAGAGGAGAAGGGCCAUGAGCCAAAGAAUGUGGAUGGCUCUAGGAGACUACAAAAGGCAAGAAAACAGAUUCUCCCCUAGAAGCUCUGGAAAGAACCAGCCCUGGAGACACCAAUGGAAUUGAUUUGGAAAGUCUAGAACAGAAUCUAUUGUUGCUAUUUUAAGCCAUGUAGUUUAUCAUAGAAUAGGACUGCAAAAAAGCUCAUCUGUUGAAAUUCCAUUUGGAAGUCUUUAGAUUUGUGCUCAUGAGUGAUAGUGCUCAGAAUAUGCACAUUCAAGAUGGAUUCAGUUUUCAAAAACCAGUGUAAGCCACCAUAUUAAUAGGCUGGAGAAGAAAUAUCACAUGGUCAUAAAAUUUGAUGUAGAAAAAGCAUUUAAUGGGGGCCGGCGCUGUGGCAUAGCAGGUAAAACUGCUGCCUCCAGUGCCAGCUGCUCCACUUCUGAUCCAGCUCUCUGCCAUGGCCUGGGAAAGCAGUAGAGGAUGGCCCAAGUCCUUGGGCCCCUGCACCCACAUGAGAGACCUGGAAGAAGCUCCUGGAUCCUGGUCUCAGAUUGGCACAGUUCUGGCCAUUGUGGCCAAUUGGGGAAUGAACCAGUGGAUGGAAGAUAUCUCUCUCUGUCUCUGCAUCUCUCUCUGUGUAACUCUGACUUUCAAAUAAAUAAAUAAAUCUGUAAAAAAAAAUAAUGAACUCCAACAUCUAUUGAUUUAAAACUUUUUCAGAAAGGUAGAAAUAGAGAGGAACUGCUUCAAUUUGGUAACAAAGACUCCAAAAAGCUUACAACUGACAUUAUACUUAAUGAAAAAUGCUAAAAAUUUCCCACCAAGAUCAGGAAGACAAGGGUGUCAAUUAUUAUUACCCUUACACAAUCUAAUAUGGACUAUUCUAGCCAUCACAGUAGUCAAGAAAGGGAAAUAAAGUAAACCUAGCUUUAAAAAACCCAAGUGAAUUCAGCAAGAUCUCAAGAU